CCUCUUUCGGUUCCAUGUCUAGCGACCCGCGCCUUGGGUCUCAGCGGCUGCCCGUCUCACUCCCCGCCCUCUGGCCUGAACCCGAAACUACUCCAAGCCUCCGGGAUUUCCUGCGGGGGCUUGGAGGGGCGAGGGCAAUCGUUGACAGCUACUCCAGACCCCAGCCGGCCGCCAGUGGGUGGCCGCCAGUGGAUAAAGAUAGAGAAAAUGAAAAAGAGAAAAAAUCAGUGAUCUGUGUUGAGGGCAAUAUUGCAAGUGGGAAGACGACAUGCCUCGAGUUCUUCUCCAAAACAACAGGGAUUGAGGUGUUACAGGAGCCAGUGCCCAAGUGGAGAAAUGUCCGUGGCCAUAAUCCUCUGGGUCUGCUGUACCGCGAUGCUUGUCGAUGGGGCUUCACGCUGCAGACAUAUGUGCAGCUCACGAUGCUGGACCACCACACUCGUCCCCAGACAUCACCGGUACGAUUGAUGGAGCGGUCGAUUCACAGUGCAAGAUAUGUUUUUGUAGAAAACCUGUAUAGAAGUGGGAAGAUGCCUGAAGUGGACUAUGUGAUUCUGGCAGAAUGGUUUGAUUGGAUUGUGAGGAACAUCGACGUGUCCAUUGAUUUGAUAGUUUAUCUCCGGACCACCCCUGAGACCUGUUAUCAGAGGUUACAGAUGAGAUGCAGGGAGGAGGAGACAGUCAUUUCCCUGGAAUACUUGGAUGCUCUUCACCGCCUCUAUGAGGAGUGGCUCUUCAAAGGAGGCCUUUUCCCUGUGGCAGCCCCUGUUCUGGGCGUCUGGAGGAGCACCACUUGCUGUCCUGGGCUGUUACCCAGCGAUGCCCUUAGGAGGUGCUGAGGUGAUUGAGGCUGACCACGACAGGAAGAAAAUGUUAGAACUCUUUGAACAAAACCGGGACCGCAUACUAACUCCAGAGAAUCAGAAACAUGGCUCAUAGAACAGGAAAGAUCAUGCCAGAAAAAUGCCCACUGCUGCCAAGUUAGCUGUUAGGAGCAAUUUGGGAAAAUCAACUUUCGGGAGGGCUUUAUAUUUGGCCACAUUGUUUUCCUGAUGGUCUCUUCCUCUUUGCCAGUGUCUUCAUCCUGGGUCUCUGGUCCUUGCAGGUAAACGACAAAUGGGACCAGUGGGUUUGUCAUGCCCUUUGGUGGUCGUAGCCUUGCAUUCCCCCAGCGCCUCUCCUGGUGGUUUCCCACUGCUGGGUCCCUCUGAUUGAGGGAAGAGCCUCCUGACCUCAUGCUGGGUUUGGAGUCUCUAACCCUUCCCCGCCACCCAGGAGGGUGGGGUAGUGGCCCUUACAUCCCAGGGAGGAAGUUGAAGCUCAGCGAGGCCAAGGGACUCCCCAGGGUCACACAGCCAGUGACAGUGGAGUUGGCACAAUUUAGACUUUUGGUGACUCUGAAACGUUCUCUGCCUCUCAUCCUGAGAGCCUGUCUUCCCUUGCUAGAGAUCUCACGUCUGUGUGGGGAGAGCCAGCAGUGCGUGGAGCCAGCAUCCUCAUUUUCUCAUUAUGUGAGCAGUUCUCGAGGACAGUCAGCAUUCCUAGACCUUCACAAAAUUGUGCUGUGUUUGGCUUGAGCCCAGCGUCCGGUGCUUUCCCAGCAUGAGGCUGUUGCGGCAUUUACCACCUCAUCAUCUGGACUCCCGUGUCCUUGAGAGAAUCGUGCUUUGACUUCUGCACGGUGCUUGGUGUCCUUGGUGACCAAGGCCUGACUGAGCUGCUGCCAAUUCCAUGUCAGGGACAUGGCUUUUGGUGCCUGGGUGGUUUGCCCGGUGCCAAGCUGGGGCAAGGGGCACCAGUGCCCUGGCUUCUGAGGCUCUCUUACCUUGUGAUGGCCUGUGUGAGGAGGUUUGCCCUUGGAAUUACUGAGAGUUUGUGGGCUGUGGGAGAGGCCUGAGUGGCCUUAAGUCUUUUUGAAAUGUUUUUCCAUGAAGGGGACACCUUGGAUCAUAGAGCAUGAACUCAUCUUUAUUGGUUCAGAAUAUAUCUUAGCUUCUCAGCUGUAACAAUACAUCACAGCCAUAGCUGCCUCUUGAGUCCAGUGGGAAGUAGAGAGAAAUAACAUUCUCUUAGGAGACAGUCUGGACAAGAAGGUCAGGGCUCGCAAGCAAAGGCUCUUGGAGCACUGGUAUUCCUGAUAUUUUGGAGGUGGGUGGAGAUCAGAAGAUUGUUGUCGACACAGAGAGGGGCCAGUUGUGAGCUUUGGGGAAGCAGGCCUCAGCUCUCCUGAGCAGCGGUUGGUGUAAACGCAGGUUGGAAGGCCUUGCCACGGCCUCUGCGGGAGUGUGGCACCUGUGCGUGCAGCUGUCUGACUCUGCGUGGGUUACAGGUGCUCUGGUGGUCCAGUUCCAGAGGGAGCACUAAGGGGGCAAGACUGUGACUCCUGGACCAAAUCUUGGGCUACGCGGGCAGGAAGAGGGGCAGCCCCGUGGGGAUGAGCCUCUCAGCCCAAAUGUCAGUGAUUGACUAGAUGCCCAGGGGAGGCGAGAGCCUGUGCUACCGGGGAUCUUGACGGGCCAGGGAAGUCUCUGGGAAUUUGUAGAUGAACAGUCCAGUAUUUUCCCCACAGCUUAAUUUGAGCAUCUGUUUUGGGGGAAAUGUAAUUUUAAAAAAUAAAUAAAAUCUUGCUCUGUAGUAGCCAAUAAAUUCUUCACUGAAAACCUGAGGUUAAUUUUGGAGUGCUUCCUAGGCCAGUGAUUUUAGCUCCCUGCAGCAUCCUUUUGCCAGUAGGAUAAUGUGGUUUCAUUUUCUAAACCCCAUCUUUCCUAACAUGGGAGGUUUGGGUCCAAAAAAGCUCGCCAUCCUCUUGCUCUGGCACCACGGACAGGAUGCCGUGUACCUGCAGCGGCCAGUGCAGGUGGCAAAAAUCUCCCAGCCUACGUAUGUCCCACAAAAUGGCUUGGUGCUCAGCUUGCACAUAUGAGGCUUGCCUUCCCCAUGUGGCAGGCAGGGCUGGUGACAUCAGGAGUCAUGGAGCAGGGCAGGAAAAGGGCAGAAGGCACCCGGUAGGCACGACACCUAGUUUUUAGAGCUGAGGGAGGCACUCCUCAGGGACUCCCAGGAAUGGCUCGGAGGGGCAUGGCAGGGGCUGGCUCCUUGAAUUGCUGACAGGGCAAGCCAGGGCAGUGACGUUCCAGAUUUAUUGGUGUUGCCCCAUUCUUACCCUGAGGUGGGGUUCUGUAGAGCAUUGCAUGAGUAUACCCCAGAGCCACCUCAGCGGCUUUGACCCUUGGUAAUUAAAAAAAAAAAAAAAUGUUUAAUAGCAUAUACAUCUUCUUGUACUCAGCAUGUUUAGUGAAAUAAUUCUGAUUUAUACUUCAUAUUUUUAAUUUUAUAUGCAAAAUGCAUGAUUAGAAUCAUUCAGAAAUAGUUCAUGUACCUGGUGAUUAAAAAAAAAAAUGAGAUAGAAGUGUAUUUCUCUUGCACGUAAAAGGGCAGAGGUGGGUGAUCCGGGACUGGUAUGGUGGCUCCGAGGCCAUGGGAUCCCGGGCUCUCUCUGGCUUUCUGUUCCCAGCUCAACUUCCUGGUUUGUGGCUUCCUUCCUCCAGGGACUUCCGUGUCCAAGAUGGUGCCACAGUUCCUUCGCUGGCUAAUGAAGGCAUCAGGACAUAUUGUCUGUCCCCCAUUCAUGCUUUAAUUCUCAUGUGGAUGAGGACCUUUGCAAGGCUUUGCAAGAUAAGCCAGAAGGUUCUAACAGGAUUUUUCUAGAGGCCUUAGAGGUGGGGGAAAGACAGGAAGGAAGUCAGGACCCACAGGCUGGGCCACAGAUGUGGUGUCAGUGCUGUGGCACCCUCUCUCCCUCCUUUGUGCCCUCACAUCACCUCACCCUCACUGCCAGGGACCACAGUGCCCUCAGCUCAACCCGCCUCCUGCGCUGGGUGUAGCCCGGAAAGGGCAGAGGCCACCAGUAUAAUGCACUCCCUCCCACAGCUUGGCUCUCAGGAGGCCCUCCCUAAACCGUGGUUCCUGGGAAAGAAUGUCAUCUUUGAUUUCUCUUCCUGUCCUCUUUCAUUUCCACCUGAGCCGCUUACCUAGAUAAGUGUACCCGUCCCUGCCUGUGGGAUAUAUCAGUUGGAGACCUUUAGCCGGGACUCCCCCAGGCCUCCACCAUCAGACCUGGGGAAGGAUUGAAGUGUGUACAACUCUGAGAAAAGGUAGAAGGCGUUUCCAGAACCUACCUACCCCCUGGGUGCUGUUGAAUCUGUGCCAUCUUGUUUUCCUAGAGCCCUGGGGCCGGAUGGGGGCGCUCACAUCAAAUGCUCACAUAUCUGUGGAAUGAGUAAUACUUAUCCCUGUGGCCUCUCCACCCAGAAGAAUUACAGUUAUUAAAGUAAUUGACGAGCUCUUGGAAAUGUCAGCCCUCCAUUGUUGGAAAUCUAAUAAUAAUAAUAAUACCCCGCCUGGUGCCUCUGGGCUUUGGUGGUGGAUUACUCACCCAGAGCCCCAGGGUCACUGGCACAGGGCUUUCUUUUCCUAAUAACCCCAACCCCGCAGCUCCUCUAAGAAGGCGGAGUGAACUCUGUGUUCCUUUAGUUUACAUAAGAUAGUGAGCUUGCCAAAGGCUGUCAUUAAACAGAAGCUAAGAGAGAGCUAGUCUUGCCGAAUCCAGAGUGGGUAUCCACUUUUGCUGCUCUCUUCCCGAAUUUCUGCAUUUCUUGGCUUGUUGUUCUUCAAGGCUGGGGUCCGUGGAACACAGGUGUUCUAGGAGAGAGUAACAGGUGUUCUGAGAAAAGAGGGUUCCGUAGUCCAGGAAAUUUGGGAAGCACCACCUGGGUAUUUUCUCUCAGAUGCACAAGAUACAUUAGUAUAGAUAAACUCAAGCAGUCCUGUGAUAAAAACACCUUUUCACCCUUAUUUAAGCCAGGGACUCUCAGACUCAUUGACAGUAGAACCCCUCAUUUGGGGGAUAUCCAUUAACAAUCUCCAGAAGUGCCAGUGUUCCUCGGAACACACAUUGGGAAAAGCACUGUUUUCAGGAGUCUGCAGCUGCUGAUGACUCUUGGCUUUUGUGCCCUUUGGGAAUCUCUAGCUCUUGGUUCUCCAGGUUCAGUACAUCCGAAUCCCCAGAGGGCAUGUUAAAACAUGGAUUACCAGGUCCACCCACAGAGUUUCCAAUUGAGUGGAAUCCAGUUCUGGGGUGGGCCUGUGACUGUUUUCUAACACCAUUCCCGGGGAUGAUGAGUCCAGGGAACUCCCUGGGUUUAAAGUUUCUAGGACUGGACAUCCCAGAGUUCCAAGAAAACUUGGCAUCUUGGUGGUGGUUGAAUGUCUUGUGAGUGUUGGUUAUCAUAUCUAUCAAAUGGGAGCAUUGCUCAUUUCUCAGGGCUGUGAGGAUAACUGACCUCGCAUAUGGAAGGGGUCUGGACCAGGGCCUGGUAGGCAGUAAGUGUCCCAUAAAUGUUAGUUCAUCUGAUGUUUCCUGGAAAACUGACUGGAAUGCAGUUCGUUGGCCGAGUAAUGGCAGCAGCUGCAGUGGCUGGCACUUUCCGUCAGAGCGGCAUGGGCACACGCUCUCACCAAUUAAUUGGGACCACCUUGAUGUAUCUGUUCAGUAGGCACAGGUCACAGGCCUGGUUGAGGCUGACCUUCGGGACUUUACCUCUGUAAACUGCCUCAUGACCUUUCUAGAAUAGCAGAGUAUGGGGCAACCAACUGGCCUUUCUUUUCUUUUUAUAAAUGCUCCUGUUUCUUGUGGGGACUCUGGGUCUGCGCCUGGCAUCCUUAGGCGUGAGAGGGAGAGCUGGGAGAGACAUAACUGCUCCUCAGGCCGUGAGAAAUGACACUGCUUCUUGUACCAGCAAGGCCCUGGAGUUCCUUACACAAUAAACGAAUGGUUUUCUUGCUUAUUUGCCGGCAGACCUCUUUCCCCAUGGGCUCAGGUGACCUCUCACUCACCCUUUCCCUAAGGCACAGAGCAGGUUUAUUUGUAGCCAGGGAUGGGUAGAUGUUGGCAACUCCAGGCUCAUCUUAGGAAAUGCCCAGGAAAAUGAACAGUGACCAGUUGUUAAGUGUUCAGUGAAUCUUACCUUUUGGGAUCCACUUGGCUUUGUGGAUGGGACUUGGGCUUUGGGGUCAGAAUAUGGGCUGGGAUCCCAGUUUCCCCGGUUAUUGGCUGCAAGACCUGGGGCAGGUCACCUUGCUUCUCUGGUUCUGUUUCUUCCUCCUUUGGACACUGGGAUUCUGUUUUCUCCCUCACGAGGAGAGAGGCUGCCCAGACUACAAAGGGGUGAGUUAAAUGAGUGAUGGACACAGAGAGUCUGGAGCGGUGCCAGACCCCAGGUGUUCUUGCUCCCUCAAACCCUUUCCACGUCUCUGUAGUUGGCUGGAGAGGAGACCAGACACUCUUGCACCUUCCUGGAGGGGGGAAUGUUUAUCAGGGCUAUGGGGGAAAUAUUAUUUCAGCAUCUUUGCAGUCUGUCCCCAGGCAGUCUGUCAGCAGGCCUCUAUUCUCUCCCUGUCUCUUGACAGCACUUCCCCUGCAUCAGCCGUAUGCCAGGCCCUGUGCUGGCUGACAGGUGCACACUGGUGGCCAGGACAGACACCUCCCUCCACUCAUGAAGCAUGUAGUUUAGCUCCUCAUAGCUACCCCCCAUCCUGAAAUAAUCCCUGAGAAAACCCACACUAAGGCAGGAAGGCACCUGCAGCCUCAGCACUCCCUUCUGUUGGGGUAGAGAAUUAACACCAAAGACUCAGUGAUAAAACCAACACCAACUCUAGAAUUUUACUGAAGUAGCAGGAUACAACACUAGCAUAUGCAAAUGAUAAACAGGUUAUAACGGUAGUGAAGAUCCCAUUUACAGUGGUAACAAAGAAGAUUAAAUACUUUGGAAUAAAUUUAACAAGAUACAUACAAAAACAUACAAGAAAUAUGCUAAAGCACUCCUCAAAGACACCAAAUAAGACGAACAAAUGUGAAGACAUCCCAUUCUUGGAUAGGGGGACUCAACAUAAAGAUGUCUGUUCUCCCUUAAAUUAAAUUCCAAAUUUAAUACAAUCUCAGUAGAAACACCACGGUCUAUUUUGUGGAAUUAUACACAUUAUUCUAAAUUUUAUAUAGAAACACAAACAUUAAGGAAUAACCAGGAAACCACUGGAAAAAGAAAAACUGUGAUGGAGAACGAGCCUUACUAGACAGUAAAACAUACUGUAAAACCUGCAUCAUUAAAACAGUGUGGAACUGAUGCAUGAAUAGAUAAGUAGAAGAGUGAAAUAAAAUAGCCCAGAAAUAGACGUAAGUACAUAUAGAAAUUUACGUGACAAAGAUGCCAUCUCAAAUCAUUGGGGUAAAGAUGGACUUUUUAACAAAAAUGGUGGCUAAGGUCACCAUUUGGAAAAAGAUAAAAGAUCCGUAUUUUAAUGCCAUAUAAACUCCCAAGGGGUUAGGGAUCUAAAUGUAGAAAUUGGAACCAUUCAAGUACCAGAAGAAAAUGUGGAUGAAUUCAUCUCUAAAACCUUGAUGUAGGGAAAGCUUCCUAAUGAUGAUUCAAAAUCCAGAGGCAACCAAAUGUUAAUCAUUCUGGCUAAGUAAAAAUUUUAAAACUUGUGUGAUAAAACCUAGCAUGAACAAAAUCAAAAGACAGUUAACAAACUGGGAGAAAAAUGCAACAUAUGUAACAAAGGGCUAAUAUUCCUAAAUAUCCAUGAAGAAUUCUUUAACAUUGAAGGACAAAGGACCAAAAACCAAAUAGAAAACUGAGGAAAAGAUGUGAAAGACAAUUUACAAAAAAGAUAUAAAAAUGGCCCUUAAACAUGUGAAAAACACUCACAUUCAUUCAGAGAAAAGCAGAUGCUCUGAUCUGAAUAUUUGUAGUCCCCCCACCCCCCAUUCAUAUGUUGAAAACUUAAUGCUUAAGGCCAUGGUAUUAGGAGGGGACCUUCAAGAGGAAGAGAUUAGGUGUGAGAAUGGAACCUCAUGAAUAGAUUCAGCGCUGUUGUAAAAGAACCCCACAGAGCUCCCGUGCCUCUUCCACCGUGUGGGGACACCGCAAGAAGUCGGCAGUCUGCAGUCUGCAGCCCGGCAGAGGACCUUCGCCAGAACACCGCCAUACUGGCACCAUGAUGUUGGACUUGUAGCCUCCAGAAAUGUGAGAAAUAAAUUUCUGUUGUGUAUAA